AUGGAACAAAUGAAGAAAACACUGUCAAUUGCAGUAUUCUUGUUGAUACUUGCUACUGGAAACACUCUUCGGCCAUAUCAUUUUGCCCACCAAAGCAAAGGUCCUUUCAAGGGUGACCAAAGACAUAUGUCCCGUCAGGAGGAAACGAAGGGAGACGGAUUAGGAAUGGAACUUUACCCGACGGGGUCGAGCCUGCCUGAUUGUUCGCACGCAUGUGGGCCAUGCGUCCCUUGCAAGAGGGUGAUUGUGGGCUACAAGUGCUCGACCGAGUCAUGUCCCGUCGUCUACCGGUGCAUGUGCAAAGGAAAAUACUACCACGUCCCCUCUAAUUGA